AUGCUCGUGAAGGAGCACAACAUCACGGUGGUGACGGAAUUCAUCCUGCUGGGCAUCACAGAUCAUCCUGAGCUACAGGCCCCACUCUUUGUGCUGUUCCUCGUCAUCUACCUGACCUCGCUGGUGGCCAACCUGGGCAUGAUCGUCCUCACCCAGCUGCACCCCCAGCUGCAAACCCCCAUGUACUUUUUCCUCAGACACCUGGCUCUCACUGAUCUUGGCUAUUCCACAGCUGUGGGACCCAAAAUGCUGGUAAAUGUUGUUGAAGACGAAAAUACAAUCUCCUAUUCUUUUUGUGCCACACAGCUAGCUUUCUUUAUUGUGUUCAUUAUUAGUGAGCUUUUCAUCCUGUCUGCGAUGUCCUAUGACCGCUACGUGGCCAUUUGUAACCCUCUCCUCUACACUGUCAUCAUGUCCCCAAGAGUGUGUUGGGUGCUAGUAGUGAUUCCUUACCUCUAUUGCACAUGUGUGUCUCUUCUAAUUACCAUAAAGAUUUUCACCUUAUCCUUCUGUGGACACAAUCUCAUCAGUCAUUUCUACUGUGACAGUGUCCCCUUGUUGUCAUUGCUCUGCUCAGAUGCUCAUGAAGUUGAAAUGAUAAUUCUGAUCUUGUCCAUUUUUAAUUUGAUUUCCUCUCUUCCAGUUAUCCUCGUGUCCUACCUGCUCAUCUCCAUAGCCAUUCUCAGGAUGAAGUCCGCAGAGGGCAGGCGCAAAGCCUUCUCCACUUGUGGGUCUCACCUGACUGUGGUUACUGUGUUCUAUGGGACACUGAUAUUUAUGUAUGUGCAGCCCAGGGCCAGUCACUCCAGUGACUCCACUGACAAAGUGGCUUCUGUAUUUUACACUCUUGUCAUCCCCAUGCUGAAUCCAAUUCUCCUAGCAUUAAGGCAAAAAAUGCAAAAUAUGCAUGUUAGCUAA